UUUGUUGAAUCAAGAAUAUUUAUUAAUUUAUCUAUGGUUUGCUUAUAAGAAUUUUUGGGCCAGAUUGCGGUAGGCGUUCUGUCUGACAAGUCUCAAACCUGGAGAAAUUUAGGUGAAAUCUAAAUAAAAACAAUUUUAAAAUGGAUUCUAUCAUCUUUUUGUGGUUUGUUUCCAUACGAAUCCAAUUUUUCAUAAAAAAAAUGGUGAACUUGUUUUUAUAAAAGAUGGAAAAUUCUCAUGAAUUUUUAUGUCGAUUUUUGAGAACGAGUUAAGCUAUUGGCAACACUGAACACUGAGUCUACAUCCUAACCUAACAUUUAAAACUGGUUUUGUUUUUGUUUACUGUUUACUUUACAAUUGAGUUGAUAAAUAAAUUGAAUUCUUGAUCCUUACCACAUGCCAUAAAUUAACAAAACAUUCCACAAUGAGCACUAAAGAAAUACUUACGUUACAAUUUGGUCAUUAUUCCAAUUUUGUUGGAACUCAUUGGUGGAAUUUGCAAGAUUUAAGUUUUCAAUAUAAUUCAUCUAUUCCAUCUGAAAUUAACCAUGACGUUUUGUAUCGAGAAGGUCGUACUAACAAAGGAGAAGUAACGUUUACACCUAGACUUCUAUUAGUUGAUUUAAAAGGUAGUUUAGGUUCAUUAUCGGAGGAAUGUGAUUUAUACGAACCAAAAAUCGAUCCUUCUAAAGCACAAAUUAACUGGCACAACAAUCAGGUACAAGUUCAACAAGUUGGGCCAAGUCACUCAAAAAAUCAAUUCCAACAAGAUUUGAACGAUCCUAACAAAUGUGUGCUUGAACAGAGCUACGAUUUUGAAAAAACAACUAAAGUAUGGUCUGAUUUUCUUUAUAGUAGGUUUCAUCCAAGAACCAUCGAGACUAUAAAAGAAUAUCAAUAUUGCAAUGAAAAUACUCCAUUUGAUGCAUUUCCUCUAGGUUCUGCUCUUUGGAAGACUUCACAAUUUAUUGAUGAUUUCAGUGAUAAAAUUAGAAGUUAUAUUGAAGAAUGUGACCAUUUUCAGGGUUUCCAUUUUCUCACAGAUUGUACUAAUGCUUUUUCUGGACUAUCUUCAUCUUGUUUGGAAUUCAUUAGAGAUGAAUAUGAUAGAAAAUCAGUUUUAGUACUGCCAGUCAUACCAUCUUACUUCUCUGACAAUCUAAUUAGUAAUGAUAAUGAAAAAUCACAAUCUCUUAUCAAUGAUUCAGUAAGGGUGAUAAACUUGGCAUUGGGUUUUAAUCAAUUUAAUACUAAUUCAUCCCUUUUUGUGCCAUUAAGUGUUGGGUGUAAAGGAUGGAGGCAACCAGGACCAAAGAGGGUAUUCAAAAACUUAGAAUAUGAUAAUAAAAUGGCUUACCACUCUAGUGCAAUAUUAGCAGCAGCUUUAGAUACAUUUACUUUAAAACAUCGACUGAAAUCCUCUGCAUUCACAUUAAGUGAUCUUGGAGCAGAUUUAACUCGCUCUGGAAGAAAAGCAGUAGCAGCGAGUAUUAAUAUGCCAUUCCCAAUGAAAGAAAAUAGUGAUCUUCUCGAAUGUUUGGAUAAUUAUCAAGAACCUCUUUACCAUAGUAUUACACCUAAUUGUGAUAUAGGUUCUAGAAGAUUAAUGCAGCACAUCACAAUUAGAGGCAUUAAGGAAGGACAACUAAAAAAACCAUUAGAUAAGGCACAAAAACAAAGAGAAUUACCAGCUUAUAGGGCAAAUAGUAUUCAAGAAAUGAUGGCAUUAUAUUUAGCUUACACAACGGAUGCGACAGCAAAUAAUGUAACAGUUGUUCAAGAAGCUCUAAAUGUUAAAAGCCCAUUUCCACAAAUAUUUGCGAAGAAUAUAGGAAAAAAUGGAUUCAUUUCAGAUCACAAUCGAUUGAGUGAAACUAGGAUUGAUAGUAUACCUCUUCUGGCAGGUUUACAUAGUGGUUCAGAAAUUGGUGAAAUGUUGGAAUCUCUUCAUACAGAAGCUAGAAAGAUUAAAAUAAAUAGGUUUCAUCAGUUUGCAGGCGGUGAUAUAGACAGGGAUGACUAUGAGGAGUGCUUAGACAAUAUAUUUACUUUAAGAGAAAAUUAUGAAGAUAGUUAUUUAAUAUAGAAACGAAAUAUUCAAAAUCCUUUGCUAUUGUUUUAUAAUAAAAAAUAAAUCUUCAAAAUGUUCAUGUUUCUAUUAAUCUGCAUGAAUAGAGUUGAUAACAAAUUUUGAAUUUUUGAGAAUGACUAAAAUAUUAGGUGGGAUGUUUCUAAAUUCGCCUGCCACAGUACCAAUUUAAUUCUCACAGUAAAUGAGAUAGAUUGUUUUUUAUUUUGGGCCUUAUUAAUGGAGAUAGAGAACAAACCUCUCUGAAAAACAAACAUUAUGAAAUCACUGUAAACCUUAUAGUAGCUAGUAUAAAAUUUAAAUAAAUCAAUCCAUCCAUAAGAAUUUAAAUUUUUAGUUAUUUCCAUUCUCAUUUACCAUUAGACUGGGCAGGCUGAUUUGUUUCAUAUUUAACUUACAUUAAAAUGUUAGUUAUCUUGCCAUACACAUAAAUUUUUUAAUUUAUGUAAUAAUCAUAUUCCUGAAAAGAAAGAUGAAAAAAAAAAAUUACUUCUAUUUUUUUAUUAAUAAGUAA